AAAGCACAUAUUAACAUACAUAAGUGAUUGUAGACGUCGACGGAGCAGAGAGAGAGAGAGAGCCAAGAUGCGUCGCUCCUCGUUCACGCCCGUGUUCAACCUGAGCACCCAAGAGCCGCUGAUAGUCGUCGAGGAGUCGCACGCCGUCGAGGACGGCGAGGAGCUGGAGGGCGCCGCCGGCGGCUGCGAUCCCAGCACCAGCAAGCGCAGCAACAGCGACGACUCGGAGCCGGACUCGCCGGUCAACCCGUACCUGCUGUGCCCCUUCCCCGACAUGCAGCAGCGGCGCAAGCAUUCGCUGCCAUCGCUGCAAAUAACUGAGGGCAUCACCGCCAGCCAGGUGCGCCGCCUGUCCGAGGUGGGCGGCGAAACGGGCGGCCUCAGCCCCAAGGAAGUCGAGUUUUUGGCCACGCUCUCGCAGAAGACCAACCCGACCGCGGGCGGACGCCGCCACUCCGUGGUCACCAUAUCGGCGGUGCCGCCAACGCUUUUCGGACGCAAUCGGCGCGAGUCCAUUUCCGCCGUCUCCUUCAGCGGAAGUCGUCGUGGCAGCGGCAUCGGCGGCAUCGGUGGCCCGCCGCUGACCGAUCAUCGCGGCAGCAUACACAACUUGCAGCUGGACAUCAUGGACGGCAUCGUGCAGCAGCGCAAGACGCGCAGCGGCAGCGGCGUCUGGACAGCACCCGUGCUCCAGGAGGCGGACAGCAACGUGCCCGUUCAGACAUAAGCGGCGCAAGCGCUCGAACCUCAGUGCGAAACGAAUUCACGAGCAACUGGACGAUUGGCAUGAGCGCAGGCUAUUUAACAAUUCAGUUUUAUCGACGCCUCACACACACACACACACACACACACACUAAUACAGACACUCAACCAACCCCCCUCCAAAAAAACAACACAUCCAGAGCUACUCGCUCUCGUUCCCUCCAUUUGUAUCUGUCAGCAAAGUGCAAAAAAUUCAAUUUUUUGUAGUUGUUGUUUUUGUUUUUGGUUUUUUUUUUUUUUUUGCUGCGACAACGCAUAGAAAAAUCAACAAACAAACCGCAAUUGUCAAAAUGAAAAUGAAAAUGAAAAUGGCAGCCGCAUCACGUAAACGUUGAAAAUGAAACUGCGGCAGGAAGCGAGAAUGACACAAACAGAGGCGGAAAGAAAGAGAGAGAGACAGAGACAGAGACAGGGACAGAGAGAAGGAGAAAGGGAGCCAAGGAGAGUAGGAUAAAAGGGCAGGGAGAGGUGGCGGUAGAGUGAGAGCAGAAUUUCGAAGGACAGAGCCAGAGGGAAAACAGCCAAAGCAAUGCAGUAACGACACAGCCCGACUAUUGGAUACCCCUUAAAUGACCAAUUGACAUCAAUUAUAUGUGCAUUUUAUCUAUAUUAGCAGUGAGUC